CGGUUUAUACCAGUUUCUCUCUCUUCGACGGUCUUCCCACCUUCUUCCCCAACUAGCGAUCAUCUGAAUUAGGGUAAAAUUCUUCUUCUUCUUCGUCAUCGAUCCAGCAAGAUAAUUCAUCUCAUCCAUUUCUCUCUCUAUAUAUUAGUCUGUUCUCUGAAGGGAAAUGCCAGAUCCAUGGACAGAGGAGAUGUGAUGUAUUUCUCUCCCUCUAUAUUCAGAAUGUUGCUCAGAUCUCUUUCAUUCUUUCUAAUUUCUCCCCGUCCUCCAUCAUUAAUCUCUCACAGAUCUAAUGUUUCCCUAGCCUAAACCUCUAGAUAGCUAUCUAGUUAAAGUUUUCUUUUCUUGCUUUACAUUUGAGAUUUUGAACUUCCAAAUUGCUACGAAGCCCUAAACUAAGCACAUUUUACGAAAUUUCCGGCUCAAUUAUGUCCACGGUAAAAGGUUCGAGCCGACUCUUCACCAUCGGGCUCGUAGCUUCAUGGUAUUCUUCAAACAUUGGUGUUCUGUUGCUCAACAAGUAUUUGCUAAGCAAUUAUGGCUUCAAGUAUCCUAUCUUCCUAACAAUGUGUCACAUGACGGCUUGUUCGUUGCUCAGCUAUAUAGCCAUAGCGUGGAUGAAGAUGGUUCCUAUGCAGACGAUUCGGUCUAGGGUGCAGUUCAUGAAGAUUGCUGCUCUUAGCAUGGUCUUCUGUACUUCUGUUGUCAGCGGAAAUAUAUCUCUUCGAUAUUUACCGGUUUCGUUUAAUCAGGCUAUUGGAGCUACGACGCCUUUCUUUACUGCUGUAUUUGCGUAUUUUAUAACUAUGAAGAGGGAGGCCUGGCUUACAUACGUGACUCUCAUUCCUGUCGUGACUGGCGUUGUCAUAGCUAGCGGGGGUGAGCCAAGUUUUCAUCUUUUUGGAUUUAUAAUAUGCAUUGGUGCAACAGCUGCAAGGGCACUUAAAUCUGUUCUCCAAGGAAUUCUGCUUUCUUCUGAAGGGGAAAAGUUGAACUCCAUGAACCUUUUACUUUACAUGGCUCCAAUAGCUGUUGUACUUCUACUUCCUGCAACACUUUAUAUGGAAGAAAAUGUAGUUGGUUUAACGUUAGCCUUGGCAAAGGAGGAUAUCAGGAUCAUAUGGUAUCUUCUCUUCAACUCCGCCCUGGCAUAUUUUGUGAAUCUGACAAAUUUUUUGGUCACAAAACACACUAGUGCUUUAACCCUACAGGUUCUUGGGAAUGCAAAGGGGGCAGUUGCUGUGGUAGUUUCGAUAUUGAUAUUCAGAAAUCCCGUUUCAGUUACUGGGAUGCUGGGCUACUCACUUACAGUUAUGGGUGUUGUCCUAUACAGUGAAGCAAAAAAACGUAGUAAGUAAUCUUUGUGUUUCAAGGCUGUUGUUGGAGUCUAUAGAUACAAUAUAUACUUCGAUUAGAGCAGGAGAAAUGAACUCGCCCUCAGCAACUUUCUGAUUUUUUUUUUGGGGUUGAGCCUGUGAGCAGAAAGCAGGUUCAGAUUAAGCUGAUGUGUAGAAUGCUUUUAAAAUUUUGUUUUGGGAACAAAUAAAUGGCGAUUAUUAUCUUAUAUUCCAAUCAACAUAAACUUUUCUUGACUUCUUUUGUUUGAGGAGGAAGUGGGGACUCAAUUAUUUCUGGAAAAGUAGUAGUAUUGUAGAAUUGAUGAUAUAUGUAUACAGAGUGUUGUUAUUUACACUGCUCACAUUGACUCAUUAAUGAAAGCCAUAAUGUUACUAUUA